UCUUCCCUUCUUCUUUGUCCCUCCUCCGUCAUAGUCCUCCUCACGCCGCAGUCAGUCUCUCCGGCAUCCCGCUGCAAACAGGAUGACUCACAGCAACCUUCACUUCACCCUCACCUUCAUUUAACCCAGCCAGUGUGUAUGCACGCACACUGCGCCUCAUUUCCACUUUCAUUCCCCGCUGAAUCGGCAGCAGCAUAAUGCCCGACACGGCGGUGGCAGCCGCUGCUGCAUCAUCGGCGAGUAACUGCAGUAGCAGCAGCAGCAGCGACAGCGAGAGCUCACGGCACAGACACCGAGCGCAGGAAGAAGGCGAGCGGACUGAGCAACAUCAGCAAAGCGCAGCCACUCAGCCCACAUCAUCGGGCGUUUUGGAUAAGCUGUUUGGGAAGCGUCUGCUGCAUGCGGGGAGACACAUCAUGUCCCAUAAAUCCUGGAUGAAGACAGUGCCCACAGAGAACUGUGACGUCCUUAUGACUUUUCCAGACAGCACAGAUGACCACACGCUGCUCUGGCUUCUGAACCACAUACGGCUCGGCAUUCCAGAACUCAUCAUCCAGAUCCGACAUCACAAACACACCAGAAUGUACGCCUUCUUCGUUACGGCCACAUAUGAAAAUCUUUUACGAGGGGCUGAAGAGAUGGGACUGCAGAAAGCUGUGAAGCCGGAGUUUGGUAGCGGCUCUCGCAGUUUCUCCUGUGAGGAAGACUACAUCUAUGAGAAUAUUGAAAGUGAACUCUGUUUCUUCACCUCGCAGGAACGUCAGGGUAUAAUCAAAUACUGGCUGGACAAUCUCAGAGCUAAACAGGGCGAGGCCCUUCACAAUAUUCACUUCCUGGAAGGGCAGCCAAUCAUUGCCGAGCUGACAGCGCGAGGUGUGAUCCAGCGGGUCUUCCCACUUCAUGAGCAAAGGAUUCUGGGGCAGCUGAUGAAGUCAUGGGUGCAGGCGGUGUGCGAAAAACAACCAUUGGAUGAUAUUUGUGACUAUUUUGGGGUAAAAAUUGCCAUGUACUUUGCCUGGCUGGGUUUCUACACCACCUCCAUGAUGUAUCCAGCUGUUAUUGGCUUUGUACUGUGGAUGCUCACAGAAUCAGAUCAGACCAGCAGGGACAUCUGUUGUGUGGUGUUUGCUCUCUUUAAUGUGGUGUGGGCCACACUGUUCCUGGAGCGCUGGAAACGCAGAGGGGCGGAGCUCGCAUAUAAGUGGGGUACACUGGACACCCCAGCAGAGUCACUGGAGGAACCUAGACCUCAAUUCAGGGGUGUAAAGCGGUGCAGUCCAGUGACAGGCUAUGAAGAGUUUUAUUACCCCCCGUGGAGGAGGAGAGUGUUCAGAUGGCUUGUCAGCUUUCCUGUCUGUAUUUUAUGCCUUUGCUUUGUAUUUCUGGCCAUGCUCAUCUGCUUUGAGCUUCAGGAAUUUGUGAUGGGGAUCAAGGAGCUUCCACGAGUUGCAAGAUUUAUCCCUAAAAUCAUGCUGGCCAUCACUGUGACGGCGUGUGAUGAGGUGUACAGAAAGAUCGCCUGCUGGCUAAAUGACAUGGAAAACUACAGACUCCAGAGUGCCUAUGAGAAAAAUCUCAUCAUCAAAAUGGUUCUUUUUCAGUUUGUAAAUUCUUAUCUCAGCCUUUUCUAUAUUGGAUUCUACCUCAAAGACAUGGAGCGAUUGAAAGAGAUGCUGGCCACGUUGCUGAUUAUCCGGCAGUUUGUGCAGAACAUGAAAGAAGUCCUGCAGCCCUACCUGGCCGAGCGCCACCGACUAGGAGAGCUCACGCUGCGGGCUGUGUGGGAACUGCUGGUCUCAGCACUGCUCAAGUACGGGCGACUUGCAGCAGGACGAGCACAGGUCUCACCCAGUGGCCCCACUGUGCCCGGGUCAGGUCUGCGGGGCUCACAGAUGGGUGAGGAUAGCCCACAGGAGAGGCGAGAACGCAAGUGUCUGAAUGGUGGCUGUGGUGUCCCGGAUGAAGACGCAGAGGAGCUGCACGGGGAACGACACAGCGAAGAGGAUAACGAAUCAGAGAGCCUCAUCGACUGCGGGCUGAAGCUGCGUAAGGUAAGCUUCAUUGAGAAGGGAGAGCGCAAGUCUACAAGCUGUGUCAGUCCAGUGGACAACAGCUUCAUGGAGGAGGGGAGCCCUACUAUGAUGGAGCGGGGCAUGGAUCCUACCUCUGUUUUCGAGAUAUGCGAUGAUGAUGAUGAUGAGAACGGGCUUCCAGAAAUGAAGGAACUUGCUGCGGAGCCGCUGCCGAUGGGGGUGGAGAGCAGCAUGUCAGUCAGGCUCAGGAAGAGGGGGCGAAGCUUGGAGAGGGCCGAAAGUAAGGCGAAGAGAGAUUCAUGGAUGGAUCCGCCAGUGGAGCAAGAAGCAACCACACUCACGCAGGCCGAGAUAGAGAGCUGCAUGCAAGCAUACCAGAACACAUUUCAAGACUACCAGGAGAUGUUUGUCCAGUUUGGAUAUGUAGUGCUCUUCUCUUCUGCCUUCCCAUUGGCCGCCAUGUGUGCCCUCAUCAACAACAUCAUCGAGCUCCGGAGUGAUGCUUUUAAACUGUGCACCAGCCUGCAGAGACCGUUUGGCCUGAGGGUGGGGAGCAUCGGACAAUGGCAGACAGUGAUGGAUGCUAUGGGUCUGAUUGCCAUCAUCGUGAACUGUUAUCUGAUUGGUCAGUGUGGGCAGCUACAGAGACUGUUUCCCUGGCUUAGUCCUGAGAUGGCUAUUAUCUCCAUCGUCAUCCUAGAGCACUUUGCAGUACUAUUGAAGUAUAUCAUUCAUGUAGCAAUACCAGACAUUCCCAGUUGGGUGGGAGAGGAAAUGGCCAAACUGGAGUUUCAGCGCAAAGAGGCAUUCAAGAGGCAUGAGCGACAAGCACAGCAGCAUUUCCAGCAGCAGCAGAGGAGAAAGCGUGAGGAAGAGGAUCGGCAGCGUCAGGCAGAGUAUCAGGCCCGGCGUGAUAGAGACGAUGGCCGCCCGGACUCCUCGGGUGGUGAUCACCACCACGACAAGAGCCAGAGUGGCAAAUCCAGACCAGGGGGUGGGGGAGGCACUUCUGCAGGGGAAAAACCCAAGCGGCCCAGUUCACUUCUGGGUAACAACAAUGUCAUGAAACUGAAACAGAUCAUCCCUUUGCAGAACAAGUUCUCCUCUGGCACAGCCCGUUCCCCACAGUCGCCCACGGGGAGUGAACCCAAGCUACCGGGUUUCCUAAGCUUCAAGUUCCUGAAGUCUCCUGAAAAUAAGAAGGAGGCAGCAACUGCUUCCACGAGUGCAUCGACAGUUCCUCCACUCCAGGAGAGGGCAGAGAGGUCCCAGUCACCCAACAAGUCCUUCAACCCUGGGAAACUUUUUAACUUUGGGAAAUCAGAAGGAGGGGCAUGUGUAAAUGGGGCUCAGCCCUCAAAACCAGCGGAGGCGGGACAGGUGCAGGACAAGCCAACCACAAAGUCUGACCUCAACGGGGUUCCGGAUGAGAUCCCAUCCCCUUGUGGAGAGAAUGUGGAGAAUGGAUCCUCAUCCGAUGCUGAGCCAUCAGGCACAAAGAUGUAACUACAAAGUGAUUGCCAGUAAAACGCAUGUGUGUACAACUACAUAGUAACACAGAUGGAGGGAGAGUGGAAGGCAGAAGGUCCCCUCCUGUUCUUUGAGACUGUACAAGACCUGACCUGGAAUCUGUUAAGAGAAUAAAAAGUAGGGGGGAAUUCACUAAGAAAUAAUUGCGGCCACUGAUAGCGUUGUUUAUUUAAAUCUGAUGUGUACAUUGUUCAAUGUAAUUUUUUUUUAUCUUAUCCCAGUUUAAAGGAAUAAUUUACCAAAAAAUGAAAAAUCUCUCAUCAUUUACUCAACCUCAUGCCAACUCCGAUAUGUAUAACUUUCUUUCCUCUGCAGAACACAAAGCUUUUUAGAAGAAUAUUUUAGCGCCGUUAGUCCAUACAAUGUAAGUGAAUGGUGAUUAGAACUUUGAAGCUCAAAAAAAUCAUAUGAAGGCAGAAUAAAAAUAAUCCAUGCAACUCCAGUGGUAUAAUCCAUGUCUUCUGAAGCGAUCUAAUCAGAUUUGGGUGCAUACAGACCAAAAUAUAACUCCUUUUUCACUUUUUAUUUCGCCAUUGCAGUUUCUAGGCAUGAUCAUGAUUUUGAGCUCUAUUGCAUUUCAUUGCACUUGAUGCAUGUGCAUAGCGCAAUAUAUUUAUAUGUGGCGUUAUAUGUAUGGAUUAUUUAUAUGCUGCCUUUAUGUGCUUUUAGGAGCUUCAAAGUUUUGGUAACUAUUCACUUGCAAUGUAAGUACCUACAAUGCAGCUCUAUAUGGACCUACAGAGCUGAGAAAUUCUUCUAAAUAUCUUAAUUUGUGUUCUGUAAAAGAGAGAAUGUCAUACACAUCUGGAAUGGCAUGAGUAAAUGAUGAGAGUGUUUUCAUUUUAGGGUGAACCAUUCCUUUAACAUGAAUUCAUGGGUCAAUUAAGUAAGCCAUUUGUAGGUUUACUCAUCAAAAAGUGGCUCUGUUGCAUUAUCAAAUUUGUUUGCUUGAGCAGCCCGUCCCACCCGAUACAGCAACAUUGGCUCAACCAAUUGUGGAAUUUUGGGGAGGGACUCUGUGCAACCACAUUUCUGUUGCAAUUCUGUUUAGUGAGCUAGUGGCACAACAAUUACACACUUCAGUUUUAAUGUACAGAAACACCAGUAUGCCAUUCAUUGUGUAUGAAUAAGACAGUGUUUUUUACUGAAAUACUGAACGCUAAAGUGGCGCAACUGUUUAGUGAAUUCGCCCCAUAAUGCUUACUGCUUUCUAUCUUCCAGAAGAAUCCCCUCCACACACAUGCACACUUAUUUACACACACACAUUGCUUUUUGCAUUGCAACCGCAUUAGGAAUGCAUGAGUUGCAUUUCUGACCAUUUUUAAAGUGCAAUGUUUAAUCAAUAGUCUGAUAAUUGUCAACAUUUUAAUGGGUUGCAAUUAGGAAACAAACAAAACUAAAAAUCAGUUCCCACAAAUUUUCUACAAAUCCCACCAUACAACCUCUAAAAUAUCACAAAAACAAUAAUCAGACAUGCAGCAGUUCUGACUAUGAGUGAAUUUAGGCCUGAAACUUUUGUAUAUUUCAAACAGAUGGUUUAGUAGAGCAAUAGCAUCUUAACAUGCAAAAAAGUACAAGUGGUUUAGUAAAGUGGGUCCAUACUGAAUACCAGGCCAUGCCCUAAAUGGCAAUAUUUUCACGUUGAUUAUGUGAGAUGAUGGUUUGUUGAGGGAUGUUUGGAACUACUAUGUGGACAUAUAAGUAAAGUGAAAAGAGCUGACUAUCACCUCUGGAGUCACGAGUUCAAACCCAGGGCGUGCAGAGUGACUCCAGCCAGGUCUCCUAAGUAACCAAAUUGGCCCGGUUUCUAGGAAGGGUAGAGUCACAUGGGGUAACCUCCUCAUGGUCACGAUAAUGUUGGUCUCGCUCUCAGUGGGGCGCGUGGCGAGUUGUGCAUGGAUGCCGCAGAGAAAGGCGGGAAGCCUCCAAAGAGUAUAUAUAUAUAUAUAUAUAUAUAUAUAUAUAUAAUGAUGAACCAUAAUAAUGAAAACUGCAAAGAGAAAAUGCUAGAGUGGGGUUUGCGUAUGUCUGUGUGUGAUGUUCAUUAUUUAUGUCUAAAUGCUUAUAUCUGUUUUAUCCUGUUCAGCACUAUUGAUGUUAGUUUUCCAUUCUGAACAUAGCCAGCAUCUCCUGAUUUUGCUGGUCAUCACAAUGCAUUUCACCACAAAUAAUGUUAUAAUUAUUGCUCUGUUUUGAACCUUUAAGCUGAUGCAUUACCAUAAGAGCAGACUUUCCUUGCUAAAUAUUAAGCAAGAAGUGUUAAGACAUCUUAAGACAAAUGUGUCAUUGCACUAUGGCAGUUAGGUAGGAAAACAGAUUCAGAGACAUUGCAUAAUAAAUUAGAUAAUUUGCAAGAAAUUGCAUAUUACAUAUAAAAAUGCUGGAUUUCAUUUAUAAAUAACCUACUUAAAUAUUCUACGGUCACUUCUAUUUGUUGCCAACUUGAAUUUAUUCAAGCCUACCUUAAUUUGUAUUUAUGUAAUUGUUUCUUUUAUUAUUAUUAUUUACUGAAGCAAGUCUAAUAUUUACCUUUACAUUGUUUUGAAAGUCUCAUUAUUUUAUCGAAACCCCUCAAGGAUGCUAAGCACAUGCUUCGGAUUUAAAUGUGAAGAAAAACAGAAAGUAUUCAGACCCUUUCACGUUCUCACAUUUUGUUAUGUUGCAGCAUUAUGCUAAAAUGCUUUCAUUUAUUUAUUUCACAUCAAUCUACUCUCCAUACACCAUAACGACAUAGCAAAAACCAGAUUUUUGAUAACUUUGCAAAUUUAUAUAUAUAUAUAUAUAUAUAUAUAUCACAUUGACAUGUGUCUUUCACUGCACUGUAUGUCCUGAGCAACAAAUGGAAGGUAUUGUCUUAAGACAAUGUGCUUAGUUGUUGCUCUCAAAAAAAAAAAACACAACACAGUUUUCAGUGUCAUACCAUGUGAAGGGUUUCUGUGAAGCAGUUGAAUCAGUUUAAAGGUAAUGAGGGGUUCAUUCUAUUGUUGGGAAGAAAUUAGAUGUGCCUGAACAAGAAAGUGGAAAUUUUAAUUUUUAUAUUAUAGUUUCUUAUAGGGGAAAAAAACAUAAACUAUGCAUUUGUUAUUUAUUUGUUUGCCAGGACAGAACUGUUUGUAGUAAUAUUUUGGCCUAAAAGGUGAUUUGGAAAUUGCUUUUUUUAUUAAUUUUUUGGUCAUUACAUUUUAAGUAAGUUUAUUACAUGUUUAAAUCAUUCAUCUUGAUAAUUGUUCAAACUGUUUGUAAUGAUUUUAUUUAAUUGACAAAUUCAUCCAAUAUUACAACCACCUGCCCUCAAACAGCAGUAUGCUUCCUUUGAGAUCCUUGCAUAACAUGCACCAAGAAUCCUGUGAUAAAUGGUACGUACGUUUUUGUGUAGUUUAGAUAUGUGAUGGGGUUUUUUUUCUGCAGUAACAGCAGCAUCCAUGUCCUUUCCCAGGAAUGAGGUGUCUGCCACCUAAAAUUGACCUUCAUUUUGAUUCAAUUGACCUCUGUUGAACUGAAAUCUUUAGCUGUAUGUAAUAACUCACUAAUACGCAUUCAUUUAAAGAGUAACUCAGGUUUCCUAAUUGAUACACCAGAAGAAUCACAUUCAGCAUAGAGGGAAAGAUAAAGUUGCUGAAGGAAAAUUGUUGAAGAGUUCCAGUGUAAGAGACCAUUUUUGUUUGUUGUUUUCUGUAAUAAAUUGAACUCAGCAAUAUGAUAGAUCAUGGUAUGAUCUCAGAAACCAUGAGCCUUCUGUAAUAUUUGGUCAUUACUGUUUCAUCAAGGCACAUCAUGAACAUCUCUCCAGUUUAUUAAGUCAAACUCUUAGCUCUGGCAUAAAAACAUUCACAUUUUAGUUGUCUUUAAAUGAAUGGUGUGAAUAGUUAUGCUACAACUGAUAGUUGGAAGCAUUAUGAGGCUGCUUAUGUUUGUUGUGUAAGAACUGCUUUGCAUUCGGUCUAACUGUGAAAUAUGAAGUGAUUGUGUUGAGAGGGGCCACAUGUGUGCGCAGAAUUCCCUCUCUGAAGGCAACCUCACAAACCUAUCAUGAGCUCUUCCAAUGUUCCACUGUAAAACUUUUCUUUAUUAAAGAAAACAAUAUUAGGAAAUGGAAAUAUUUCUUUUAUUUUGUCAUAUUUUUGUAAGAACUGAAA